UGCACUUUGACCAAUAGUGUUGCAGACCGUGAACGUAACAGCAGCAACGAUCUCUGCAGUGCAGUAGCCAACCAGCAACCUGCUAGCCAGCAAUCAGCUAGCUAACUAACUUGUCUACUCACAGAGGACUAUGGAUGAGAUAAAGACACAACUCAGCGGCUGUCAGACUGACCCAAUCUACAUGGGCCCAUAAACAUGUCCACAGAUGACAGUAUCUCUGAGGAUGUGUCCAGCUCGGGGGCUUUGGGCCAAUGCCAUGUCGGAGAUGGAGGUAAGGAGAGUGAGACCUCCUUGGUGUCCUCUGAGGGCACAUCGGCCUCUGGACUGGCUGUCUCAGAGGAGAGACAAACAACAGGAGGGACUGUGGAGAGCAGGCCUAUGGACAUCACACCAGCAUGCAACAAGAUCAGGAAUCUGUGUCUGAGCACAAAUGAAGCAUUUGAACAAGAGAAGAACCUCCCAUUCAUCAACCCAAGCUCCCUUGAGACUCUCAGGGCCUUGGUGCAGGAGAUCCAGAGCAAUGGAGAGACAAACCCUGAGAUUUGGAAGGACUGUGAGGGUCGAUGGCUGCAUCUGUUUCAGCUGGUUGAGAAGCAAUACCAAGAGCAAAUACUCGCUCAGCAAGAACAAUACCAGUGCCAAAUACAGUUGAUUCAGGAUGAAAUUAAGGCCCUGGUUCAGCUCCAGAAUCGCCAGGCUAGUGGCCAGCUACACACAGAGUUCUCGCAAACUCCAGACACUCCAGCUGUCAAUAACACAAAGGACUAUAUUAUCCCCCUCAUCUCCAGUGAACGCACAGGCCUAAAAGAUAUGCCCAGUGAUCGUGACAGCUUGGCAGCCCCUGCACACACACCUUUUAGCUCCCCUUCGCCACCACUGCACGGAUCAGACGCCGCCAACCCAGGGGAGGAGCGGGCGACUACAGUAUUGAGCAGCGGCUAUGGAACUCUCUCUGCUUGGGAAACAGGUCUGGAACCUGCUGGGUCUCCAGUGGAAGAUGGGGACGGAGGUCAAGAGAGGAUGAUACGACACUGGUCCUCAAACAUCCAGGCCGAAACAGAACCCGCUGUGGUUGGGAGCAGUGAGAGGCCUCUUGAAGUGGAGAAACCAGAUUUAUUAGUCUACCAGCAGAGACCCUCUGGCACCAGUCAGCAUUUGACCUCGUGGGCCCAGAGGCAGAAACUCAGGUCCAAGAAGAGCAAAGCUGGACACACACCUGCCCAAACUUCUGAGUAUCAAGAGUUGCCAAAGUCCCAGAGACUAAACCCUCCAGAAAGCACAGACUCCCAGGAGCAGCAUCGACUUGUGGGGCCCUCAUCCGCACCUUUUCCCUUGAGGAGGAGUGAUAGUCUGAUGUCUGAAGCAUCAGGCCUCACAUAUUGGCGCCUGAAUGAGAAUGAACUGUACCAUCCCCUACCAGACGGCUUUGACAGCGAUGCUUACCUCCUUCUGCAAGAGGCCUCCAUCAGCCUGACUCCUGAGCCUCAGUUAUCUCUCAAAGAGAUCUACCACAACAGGCAAAGGGCAGACUGUAAGCGCUCAGACUGGGAAGGCUCUGUUACAUCCAGUCCUUCGUCACCACAGGUGUUGACCUUGGACCCAGCAGCUAUCACUCGUCACUCAGAUCGCACCUCUGGCUUCACUUCACCGUCUCACUUCAGCAGCCCCUCGUUUGCCACUCAGCCACUCCUCUACCCCAGAGCCAGGACCCCUGUGAGCCCCGACAGCAUGGUGGAGGGCAGUCCCAACCCUGGAGAUACAGACUGUAUCUCUGAUACCUCCAGUCUUUCAGCUGUGGGACCUUCACCUUCCAAGAUGAAAAGCUUGUGGGCAAAUGUGUCUCAGACUCAGCCAUCUCACACAACCAGCAAGCAAUACAGAGUUAGUGUCCCCUUAGCCAGUGAAGAGGAGGGCAGCCACACUCACACCAGCACCCUGAAACCUGGUUCAGCUUCUGGAGCUACUCUGCGUCCUGCAGCCAGUCCACACAUGGAGAGAGCUUCAUCACUAGAGGACCCUGUUGUGCUUUCCCUUCUAAGGCAGAACCUAAGAGAGAAGCACUCUCGGCACGUGGCUGACCUUAAAGCAUAUUAUGAGUCUGAGAUCCAGAUGCUGCGAGACAAACUCAAACUCGGAGAUCUGCCCCAGGAUUUAGAAAAGAGCCACCAGGCCCCCACAGAGAGGUGCAGGCAUCUCGAAAUGGCUCUGGCUGAGGCUACAAAUCAUAUUCAGGAGCUGGAGGCGGAAAACAGCUCACUGGAAAAAAAACUGGCUGAAUGGCCAGAGCGGUACGCUGUAGCCAGAGCUACUGUGAAAUCUCUCCAGCAGCGACUAGAAGAGAGUCAACGCUCGGGCAAAGACAAAGAUGCCCUGGUCGCGCGUUUCAAGGCCCGCGUGCGGCAGCUUGAGGAGGCGGCGCAGGAAGCUUCCAGAGAAGCCGAUGAGAAGGAGGCCCGGAGGGAGAGAGAGUACAAGAUGCUGCAAGAUAUGCUCGGACAGUAUGACUCUCUGAUCAAACAGCAUGAGGAAGUGAAGAAUAAUCUGGUGUCAACAGAGAACAAGUUCGUUGAUGCCACCGAUCACAUUUCAGAAUUAAAGAGAGUGAUCUCCAAGCUGGAGUCUCAGGUGAAACAGCUGGAGCACGAGAACCAGGCCAGAGUCCGUUACACUUCCCACAGCACCACGCAACCUUCUGGAGCCGGUCUUUUUCAUCAUCCGGACCUGCUGCUGUCACCCAAUAAAGGCAAGACUGAGCCAGACAUCACCCGCAGGAAGUCGCCUUGUCCUCAGUCCGAUCAGCUCAAUGGUGGCAGAAAUUCACCAUUCCCACAAAAUAACCACUCCAGUGUCCACAGGAAGUCCCUGAGUGCUUUUACCGACCAGUCAGCAGGAGCUGGGAGCUCCGUGGACACGUCUUCAAAUCGUGGGAGCUGGAGGUGCGCAUCUCCUCCAGAGUGUGAGCAGGACCAGAACCAGCGGGACUCCAUUCGGAGAGAAGCGUCCAGUGCUCUAACGCCAAUGAUGAGAGCCCUGAUAGAGUUGGAGGAAACCAAAGCCACAGAGAGCCGGGCUCCCUGGAUUGGCAGUCAGAGGACCACAGUGGGGUUUGUGGAGCGGAGACACAAGGAAACGAUUCAGGAGCAAGUCAGGCUUCAAGCGGAGAGGGAUGCGGUUAAACCCGGAGGAGGGGGAACGAGACGGCGCGGUGGAGCGGAACGCGCCGCUGCACUGCUGAGGGAUCAGAGGAGUCUGUCACCGGAGGGCCACAGAUCAUCGUCACUGCCUCCCACAGCUCAUCGAAACAUUCCCCCAGUUACUCCCACCAAGAGGGAAACUUUACUUUCGUCUCUGUCUACGAAGUCCAGCCCUAAACGCUGCCCCACUGAGAACUUCUCCACUGCUUUUGGUCACAUGAUGCCAAGACAAGAACACCUGUUGAAAAGGUCUGAUGGACACGUUGACCAGAGACGACAUUCGUUCCACAGCAGCAGUCCCAGGAAGAGGCUCCAGUUUAUGUCUGCAGACAGAGAAGAUGACGCACAGCAGCCGGAGUCCUCUGGCCCCGCGAACCCGCCCGACGGCAGCUCCCAGCUGGGCUGGGAGGCUCCGGGAGCCUGCAGCAGAGCCGACCUGCAGGGCUCCCACGACGACUCGGCCCCACUCUUCCUCGACAAACUCCAGUCGCUGGCCGAGGCUGAGAAACUGUUUGACGAGCUGACGCAGGAGAAACUGCAGAUUGAGGCAGCUUUGAGCCGGAUGCCUGGAGCAGGUGGGAGAGUGAGUCUGCAGACCAGGUUAGAUGAGGUGGCCUUGGAGAACCGUCUGGAGCGGCUGAAUCGUGAGCUGGGAUCCCUGCGCAUGACUCUGAAGAGGUUCCACGUCCUCCGCUCCUCCGCCAACAUAUAGCAAAGUCAGUCUUGACGUUUCAGCGUAGUGUCUGUUUAAUACGCAGCACGCGAUUGUCCUCAAGUCUCUUUCUGUGCCAUGAACUCAUCUGUACAGCAACUCCUCCCCAUCUUUUUUAUACGUGUCCUUAUACUCUGGGAUAUUUUUUUAUAUGUCUGAAAGAUAUUGCGAUUUUUGGAGUCUAUUUUUUGUAAUGCACAGAUUUGUAAAGUCGUUUACUUUUUUAGUCACAUUAUUAAUAUAAUAGGUUUUACUCGCCAUAUUUGGGUGUGGCUUUUUAAAUCGGCAGUUUCUGUGGUUAUGUGAGAGACCUUUCAUUAAACAUUCAUCCAUUUGGGAAGUGUCACUGCCAUUUUCGUUCUGAUGUUAAUGGAGACACAUAUUUUCCUUUAAACAUUUCAUAAAAUGUAUUGUAAUGAAUGUUUUCGAACAUUCUGGUGGAUUUUGCAUGUUUUUUUAGUCUUUGUUUGGCCAAAUGAUUGAACUUGAAGGAAGCAUUUGUUUACUUGACGCAGAUUGCCUUUUUGUGUUUACUUUCCAUAUCUACCUGUCCCUGUCUUUGCUUUAUAGGACCAUGUGUAAAAUCCAAACCAGCACAGAUUCUCAGUAGAGACACACACAUUUUCAAACAGGGUCACAUUCCCCGUGUGGUUUCCACACAUUUGAUGCUCGUGCAUGAAGUUUCUUGCACUUUCUCUUUUUUUUGCGCAGUUUUCCUACAAUGACAUAAACGUCACUGGAACUAUAAUAUUGUUGUUGCACAAUAAAUGAAUCUUGUUUUAAAACUG